AAAAGGAAAUUUAUGAGUGUCAACUUGUCGGAUGUACUUUUCACACGAACAGUCUCAAAGAAUAUAGAGGACACAGGAAAACGCACGAGAAACCACUUAUUUACGAAUGUAGAGAACCCAAUUGUGACCAAAAGUUCAAUUGUAGCUCAUUAUUUUGCUUUCACAAGGAAAAACAUCAACCUAAACCUCAGUGCGAAAAUUGCAACAGAUCCUACGGCAGCAAGCGCAGCUUGA